AUGUUGGGCCUCUCUUCAUCCAACCCCUCUAAGCAGGGCGCCCAAUUCAGCACGGGUCGAGUUGACAUGAUGUCUGAACACGAUUCUCCGCGGAAUGGCAUGCAAGCCUCUGAUGAAAAGAGUACGAGAGGAAGUGAGGACCAGACUAUCAUUGGCGAAGCCAAUGGAGUUCAAAAGGCCGAAGCCGUCGUGCUGGCCUGGAGUAGGAACGCUGUGUGGGGAAUUUACGCUUGGAUCUGGGUCUGCUUUUUCAUGUUGGCGUUCCAUUCGUCGAUCGGCCUGAACGUUAUUGUGAACGCCUACGCCAAUUUCAGCAGUGCGCCUGAGAUUUCAACGGCAGCCAUCCUAGCCACCGUCGUAGGUGGAGUGGUCAAGCUGCCCAUUGCCAAAAUCCUGAACAUCUGGGGUCGUGCUGAAGCCCUUACCAUAUUUACAUGUCUAUUCCUGCUGGGAAUCAUUGUGUUGGCGUCAUGCAAUGGCCCGAGUGGAUUUGCGGCCGGAUACACAAUGUACUGGGUUGGCUAUAAUGCAAUUUACCUGAUCCUUGAUGUGUUCAUUGCCGAUACAUCUGGACUGAGGAACCGUGCCUUCGCCUUCGCUUUUUCCAGCACGCCUUUCAUUUGCACGGCUUUCACUGGCCCACUUGCUGCUCAGUCCUUCUUGACUAUGACAACUUGGCGCUGGGCAUACGGUGCAUUUGCUAUCAUCUUCCCCUUUACUCUCCUACCCCUUGCCGUGGUCUUUAAGUUCUACGAGAAAAAGGCCCUGAAGAUGGGUCUAUACAAGAGGCCCGUGUCAGACCGCACCUGGUCUCAGUCAGUUAUUCAUUAUAUCCACGAGUUUGACAUCAUCGGCGCAGCUCUACUGAUGGCUACCUUCAUCCUGCUACUAUUGCCCUUCAGUUUGGCAACCUACGGACGGGCCCAAUAUAAAUCUCCCACCUUCAUCGCUAUGUUGGUGAUUGGCUUCUGUCUAUUCUUCGUUUUCGUUGCGUGGGAAAAGUUCUUUGCUCGCAAGCAAUUCAUCCAGUACGAUUUGCUCAAACGACGAACUGUUCUUGGUGCCUGCAUCUUGUCCGCCGUGCUGAACCUCGGCUAUGCCGCUUGGGAUCUCUAUUUCCUCAACUUUGUGAUGGUCGUAUAUGAUCUCAGCGUUUCCGAUGCGGGCUACAUGAACCAGAUCUACAACAUUGGAUCGUGUUUCUGUGCACCCUUGUUCGGUCUCUACAUCCGCCAGACCAAGCACUUCAAGUACGCCUGUCUUUUCUUUGCUCUCCCACUGAUGAUUCUCGGAUCUGGAUUGAUGGUUCACUUCCGUGGCUCUGAUGAUGGUAUUGGAUAUAUUGUCAUGUGCCAGAUCUUCAUCGCCUUUGCAGGCGGUAUGUUGGUCAUUGGACAAGACAUGGCCGUGAUGGCCGAAGCAGACCACGACGGAGUGCCCAUGAUGCUUUCCAUUCUUGGCCUUUUCGCCAGUCUCGGUGGUGCUGCCGGAAACACCGUCGCAUCAGCCAUUUAUGCCAACGUUUUCCCCGGUACUUUGGUGGCCAACCUUCCUGCUGAGGCCCAGGCUGACUGGGUUGACAUCUACGUCGGAGGAUACCUGGUUCAGAUGACCUAUCCCAUGGGAUCAGAGAUCCGAAAUGCUGUCAACCUUGCCUGGGGUGAAACUCAAAAGUUCAGCUGCAUUGCGACCACUGCUGUGGUGGCACUGGGUCUGCCUUGCAUUUUCAUCUGGAGAAAUAUCAAUGUCGACAAGAAGCAAGUCCCUGGUACUGUGCUUUAA